CCUUGCUUGCUCUUCUCACCCUGUAGCCAUCGCUCGCAAAGUCUGGCGCUCAAGUUCUCCUGACCUUGGCGACCACGAUCGAGAAAGCGUCUGCAGUCUGCCCUCGCGAGAAAGCAACCCGUGACCGCUCCGGGCCCACGGACAGAAGAGUCGGGAGCGAUUGGACACAAACCAAUACAUAAACCCACCACCGCCUGUCUUCGACCUAUCAUUCCAUCCCCACGACUUCGCAUCCUUCUCUUGCCGCUACCAUCCUCAUCACCUUUACGCCACUCAUCCCCCGGCCCUCCACCGUUGCUAGCGAUGACUGACUCGUUGCGCCAAUGCGAUUUGCCCUCCGGCCUCCUCUCGCCCUACUCCGCACCCCAGAAAGGCUUGCCGGUGCUUCCCAGCGUUGAGCUGCCUCACACGUGGUGCUUUUGCGGCAAUCCUAUCUCCACGACACCCGCUUCAUCAUCUCGUUCCACUGCGUCAACUGCCUCGGAGGAUGAAGAUGAGGAAGGUCCAAUCUACUGUUCAAGAGCGUGUGCUCGCGCCGAUGCUCUCUCCGCCCUGAUGGCCAGCAGCAAGUGUUCGGGCCCCAACGCAAGUUCCAUCGACAUGGUGCCUGGUCUCAGCACAAGCAGCACAAGCUCCAACACGAGCGAGGGGCCCAUGACUCCCUGCAAUUUGCCCAUGGACCUCCCCGACCUCGGCGCUCACUACUCCGAACACGAAGGUCUCGAACGCCGCAAGCUUCAACAGGGUGCCGCAUCAGACAACAGCAAUGUGAGAGCCAGCAAAGCUCGCGUCAUGGCGCGCGCGAGUGCUGCGCUCAGCCAGAUGUAUCCAGAGCUCCAAUUCGACGUCGACGUCAACGGUGACGAUACCAAGCUUCGUCUUAGCCACACUCUCCCGGACAAGUCUCUGCCAAGUUUGCCGUUUGAUCUUCAAGCUGCUAGUCAUUACCGCCGUGUUCAAGCUCUUCGACCGGUAGCAGAGUACAGCCCCUCUGUUCGCACGCGCUCCAGCUCAUUCAGCUCAGACUCCUCCGAAGAUCGUAGCGAUUGCUCCUCGUCUCGACAGUGCUCCACCUCAGCCCACCACGCAGAAGAAGUUGAACAACAACAAUUCGUCUCCACUCUCGGCUACGUCCGGGACUCCGUCUACAGCCCGGUUCACUCGUCGCCAGAACGCGAGCAAGCGCGCCUCCGCGCUCUCGGUGCGCCAGCUCUUGCCAGGGCUAGGCACGCACUAAAGGACGCACACACUGCUGAAGAGCUCCCUCAGCGGCAAUACAGACCUACAGAGAGCCUGGAAUUGGCCAUGUCCAACAUUGCUCGCCUCAACCGAGCGUGCCACCACGGUCAUUCUAACAGCGAUGCGAGCGACCUCAGCUCCAUGACGGCAUCUACAGACACGAGUUUCAACUCUGCGCUGACCUCGGAGGAUGCGGAUGCACAGUCUAGCGGCACUAGAAGCAGAUCAACCUCUGUCAACACCAUUGAGCGUCCGACGCUCUUCUGCGCGAACCCCGAUGAACCUCUUAGCCCCAAUGUCAAGCUUCGCGACGACAUUGCCGCACUCGAUCGCGAACUCAACCGUCAUGUUGCCGACGCUUUCGAGUUUUGGUCCGACCUUGAAGAGGAGUCAGAAGGGCCAAGAGGCAUGUACGAGGUGGACGACCGUCAGACGUGGGGCCACGACAAUCCACUAGGGUUUGACCGUCACGGACGUGGGACACCGUCGGCUUUCGAGCACGCAUAUGGCGGCAACGUCAACAGUCUUGGACUUGAUCUUGGCUCCGUCGCCAUCGGCUCGGCCAAGCUUCCAGAAUGUGAAGCUUUCUCUGAUCCGCGCACCAACCUUUGCGCACCUCUACAGUCGUCGGUGCUCUCCGAUGCGACGCGUCGCGCCGCACCUCUUACACCUCGCCGUGGCUCUUCUCGCAUGCUGGGAGCUCCUCUGCCUUCCCAGCCUUUGCGCUUCCUCUCUCCACCGUCGCAAUCCGUGUUUGAGCCCGAAUCUCCCUUGCUCCCUACGCAGGGUAUCAGCAAGACGGCUCAAGCAGCCAACAGCGUGACGAGCGCAUUCAACUCCAUGAUGCGCAAAGAUUCUUUCCAAUCCAUCAAGACCAAGAGCGCUUCUGGGCUUGGUCUUCAACACACGUGCAAGGAAGAUGCGCAGGCGGAUAAGCUCAUCAAAAGACUCGACAAUGCUUUGCGCUCUCGUUUGAGCAGCCUUCGUUCUCCUCCGCCUGCUCCUAAAGCUGAGCUUAGGUCCCUCAGCCCAAUCGGCAACAUGCCUCCAAAGCUGACGCACAAGCGCAGCAAGAAUCUCUUCGGUCUCGUAGCCUAGAACGUGCCUUUACUCUUUUCGUAGACUUGCUUGUGCUCAUUCGACAUUCGACAUCUCCUCUUCGAUUCUAGCAUUUAUCUGUAUCACUAGACUAGCAUUCACUCAUUCUAGCUUCAUCGUUCCACGAAAUUCUGUAUCAUAUAGCUAUCCGCCCGCCCAGAUGGGCCCAACACUCGUUAUCACCUUUUCGAUCAAUGCUUCUCACUCCAGAAGAGCAUCCUCACCAUUGAGACUACCGAUUGCAAGGCGUUUCAGUGUCUCUCAUCAGACUUUGCAAUACAUCACGCGUAUGCCGUGCAUGUCGCUUUGGAGUGGCC